AUGAAUUCUUCGAAUGAAAUAAACAAAUCAGCGAAUAUAACUGCGAAGAAAUCAAAUAAAAACAACUCGAUACCAUUGACAUCAUCAUCAUCAUCAUCAGCGACAACGACGACGACGACAACAACAAUUCAACAAAAAUCCUUACAACAAAACAGAAAAAGAAAAUUAGAUGACUUUCAAAAUCUAACAAUAAAACAAGAAGAUCAAGAAAAAUGGCAAUUUAAAUAUGAGAAUAUGUCUGAUAACGAUAUUAAAGAACGAUUACUUAAGAUAAUAAUGAAUGAUAUUUAUCUUCGAAACAAAAUUAAACAAAGAUUAGAAACAGAUAAAACACUUGUAUUAUUCAUACGACAAUAUGCUUCUACACUUGCUAAAUAUUCUUGUUUAAAAUCAGAAUUAGAAUUAUUUCAAAACUAUAUAAAUAUGACACAACCUAUAUUUGAUUGGCUCUCUGGAAUGUCUGAAACAUUAAUCAAACGCAAUAAUAUAAAUGAUAAUAUUUUUCAAAUCGAAAGAUAUAUAAAUAAACAAUCGACAGUGUCUGAAAAACAAUUGAAAAAUAUCGCUAAUAAAUUAGCAAUAUUUACAGAAUGUCAAAUAGAAAUGAACACAUCAUCAAGAAUUGAUAUACGACAAAUAAUGUCUUUAAUGCAUAAAUUUAUAGAACAAGAUCAACACGAAUUCAAGAUUGAACUGAAAAAGAAACGAUAUUUAUUGAUGUUAAAUAUCAAAGACAUUCGUUUAAUACAUGAAUUUUAUCAUUUACAACCGACUUUUCCACAGUUAUCUAUAGCCGAAUAUAUUUGGGAAGCUGCUAUUGGUGAACAACGAUCAAAAAAUAUGCAAUCUAAUCUAUUAAAUAAAUACAAAGUUGUAGAUAAUCAAAAAAGUAUAGAAGAACAAAAGAGAAGAUUCCUUGCCUUGAACGAAAAGGAGGAGGAUGAAGAAGAACAAGGAGCCGCAAUCGUCAUCAAAGGAAAAGAUUCUUUAACGACCAAAUAUUCAAAAUUAAAUACUGAUUUAUUGAUGAAUAUUAUUGAAAGUCGUGAAAAAAUAUUAGUACAACGUAUAGAAUUUGAUUGUGAUUUUAAAAAGGCAUUUCCUACCGAUAACUAUCAUAAUGAUGAUGAUGAUGAUAUAGAUCGUGAUGAGAAGUGA